UCCAGUUGCACCUGGACGGCCCUGAACCUGAAGUGGAAUGGUUUGUAUAUAAAGCUUUUAGUCUGAUGAGAAUCAGAAAUUGAGAAAAAAAAAAAGCAGAGAAAUGGGGACAGCGACGGCGUCAGCAAUAAGCGGUAACCUUCACAGCGUUUUCGUGUAUGGAAGCCUACUUGCAGACGACGUCGUUCGUAUUCUUCUUAAACGCGUCCCUCAGUCUUCCUCUGCCAUCCUCAACAACUAUCACCGGUUUAGCAUAAAAGGGCGUGUGUAUCCAGCUAUUCUACCUCUGGAGAAUCACAAAGUCACUGGCAGGGUGCUGCUGGGUAUCACGGAUCCUGAAUUGGAUAUUUUAGAUAUAUUUGAAGAUGUUGAGUACGAAAGGACCUCUGUUGAUGUUUGUUUGAUGGACACUCCUGACAACUCCUUACAAGCUCAGGCUUACGUCUGGACCAACAAAAACGAUCCUAAUCUCUAUGGAGAUUGGAAUUUUGAGGAAUGGCGAGGACUACACAUGGAAGAUUUUAUGAAGAUGACAGUUGGUUUUGUUGAAGAACUGGAGCUUCCUGAAUCAAAUCCAAGAGUAGCCACAUAUGAAUCCUACUAUAACCAGAAUGAUAUUAAUCCUUAAAAUCUCUUAGAUUCUUCCCCCAUGCCAACCUCUCCUAAAAUAAUGCCCUCCAUUUAGUCACAGUGGUUUAUCUGUUUCUGGAACAGGGUUGUGUUACUUUGGAUUUCAAUUCUAUUUCUUUAUCCUUUCUUUUUCAGAAAUUGAUAAUUGGUCUGUUUCUCCAUAGUUUAUGUGAAUAAAGAAAUUGAGGAUCCAUUAAUUACAGAUAUAGCACUGUUUGUCA